UGCUUCAUGUGAUGCUGAUUAAGUUUGGAUAGCCAUUCCAAAGGAAAAUGCGUUGAUAACGUCAGCAAUGUCAUCAAGGUUUUGAAGGUAUCAUCCCAUGCCCUGAUUUGCAAACAAUUCUAUUUACCAAGGAAUGUAGCUGAACAUUGAUUUCUUGGAGAAUUUUGCUACAAUAAACCCAGAUAUGGCAAGGAAUUGUUCUGGAUGUAAAGAGAAGAGGCCUGCACACAGUUUGUGUACUAAUUGCAACAAAUGGCUAUGCAGCUUGUGUACAGAAGAACACGGUCACAUCAAGGAAACAGGAGAACAUUUCCUGCCGAUUGCAUUGAAGGGAUGUUCAGGAGCGGAAGGAGAAACAAGUGAAUUUCCCUUGUUUUGCCCAAUGCACAGUCAGGAGAUGCUCAAAGUGUUUUGUGAGACCUGCGAUGUCCUGACUUGCCGCUUCUGCCUUCUGACAGAGCACAAGGAACACAGAUUCAGGCAUCUCCAGGAAGCUUUGCAAAACCAGAGAGUCAUCCUGGAAAAUGUAUCAGCUAAAGUGGAAGAGAAGAAAAAUGGAGUGCAGGUCUCGGCCAAACAGAUUGAAGACAGAUUGUUUGAAGUAAAACACCUGCAAAGGAAGGUGGAAAAUCAGAUCAAAAUGGCCAAGAUGGUCCUGAUCAGUGAAAUAAAUAAGCGAGCAAAUGUUCUCCUCGAACAACUAGAGAGGAUCACUGGCGAAAGGAAGCAGAAAUUGGAACAACAGCUUCAGGGCAUCAUGGUGGUAAACAGGCAAUUUGAACAUGUGCAAAACUUUCUCAGCUGGGCAGUGUGCAGUAAAAAUAGUGUUCCAUUCCUCUUCAGUAAGGAACUGAUUGUGUUUCAGAUUCAACGUUUGCUAGAAACAAACUGUACUACAGAUGUUAGUCCUCCUUGGAAACUAAGAUUCUCAUGGGACCCAUCUUUCUGGACUAAACAACUUUCCAAUUUAGGCCACCUGUCAUUGGAGGGGGGACUGAUCCAUCACUCAGAUGUACCAGCCUACGGAAGCAUGCAAGGAAUGCAGCCCUCUUUGUAUCACCACCACCAUCAUCACGGCCAUCAUUCGCCUGCCCCACAGCAUGACCCUCUCAACAACCAGCCCCACCAAUUCCAGACUCCCGUCCAUUGCCCGACAACCGUGUGCUGCACCCAUUGCCUUAACAUCCCACACAUGAACAAAGCGCAGCUUCCUCAUCAAACCAUGAGCCACCCUCAGUCUUUCCGGCAACCCCUUGAAAUGCAGCACCACCAGCAGCAGCAGCAUUUCCCUCUGCAGUAUGGCCUGCAGCAGCAUGAAAGAGAGCAGCGCUGUACCUCAAGACCCUUGAAAAUACUGCAACCCUGUGCAGAGCAGAAGUCUCAUCAGGAGCAUGACAGCCCACCUGCCAGGACGUCAAAGCAUCCCCAAGAGCAGCCGAUGCCCCACCCAAUGCAUCCUGCUUAUCCUCUUCCACCACAGGAUGGCCAGCAAGGCCAGGCUGGCCAUUCUCAGCAGUUACCUGCCCAACCGGUGCUGCACAGUCCAGCGUUGCAAGUUCAGCUCAGCCCUCUCCAGAAGCUCAAACUGAAUCACUUGCCACCUCCGUCGCCGCCCCAGGAACAGCCUCCGCCGCCACAGCUAUCGCCACCUGCGCCGGGUCAGAACGAGAAGGCUCACGAACAAGUGCUACAGCAGAGUCUGGACAUCAUGCACCACCAGUUUGAACUGGAGGAAAUGAAGAAAGAUCUGGAGCUUCUCCUCCAGGCUCAGCAACCGAGCCUGCAACUGAAUCCGGCCAAACAGCCUCAGCAUGUUCAGCAAACGAUUGUGGGACAGAUAAACUACAUUGUGAGGCAGCCGGCUUCAGUUCAGCAGCAAAGCCAGGAGGAAGCACAACAAGUUGGUGAAGAUUCUGUUGAGUCAGAAGGUCAAAAACCAGCACUUCCCCUUGAUAGAAAUGUGAUUCCACCUCUGUCACAGCCAUUAGAGGAAGCGAUUGUCAGUAUUCACUCUCCAGAGAGUACUUUGAAUCCAGUCAGAAAGCGGUCAGCUUCACUGAACAUUGUGGGCUUUCCAAAUGCUUUAGAAAUGGAGUUGUCGUCUACACGGGUAUCCAAGUCAGCUGACCCACAGGCCAAAGAAAUCUCCACUGUAAUUUCUGGCCAGGCUCAGAGUAUGCCAAAUACCUCUGAUGUGCCUCCUGAAGCUGUGCCUCGUUACAGCCUGGCUUUGGACAGAAGUACAAAUGACCUGAGCUGUGACAAUAUUGACCGCUUAGCUUCCGGUGGCAUGCCCCUGGUCAGCGCAGUGUGCAAGCUGGAAAGUGAAGAGUUUGGCCCUAUGAGUUACCCGCUUGGAAGUGAUUGUGCCGCUGCUGAGUCCAAAGACAUUAAUGAGUUAGCUCUUUCUAUCCACAAUAUUCUGGAAGAGCCUAUUAAUCUUUCGGUGAAGAAGACUCAGCCUUGUGCCUCCCCUCCCAUACUUAUCAGCAACACUUCCUGCAUGCAGUCAGUUAGUCCAAACCCAAGACAUAUUGAAGAUUGCCAUAACUGUGAAGAGGAACGUUUUGAAAUGGAAAUUAAACGUAAUCAGAACAACAGAGCUUGUGCCAAAGAGGUGAAAAUCCCUUACGUGCGACUGGAACGACUGAAGAUAUGUACAUCGGAGUCUGGAGAGCUUCCAGUAUUUAAACUGCAGCCACAGAAGGAUGAACAUGAUGGGACUUUCCUGCUGAUAAUUGAAUGUGGUUCUCAAUCUUCAAGCAUGGCUAUUAAGGUCAAUCAAGGCAAUCCAUCUGAAAGGCUGAAUCCUAGCCAUGAGAACCUGGAGGAAAGGAGGAUCCCCAUGAGCCAACCGACUGAGCAAUUGCUGCUUCCAUUGGUAGAUCACAGGCUCAGUAACAGUAUGAAAAAAUCGGUGCUUACCCAGGAAGACCACCCUAUUGAGAACGAGGAUUUUUGUGCUGUUUGUCUGAAUGGAGGAGAGCUGCUGUGCUGCGAUUACUGCCCAAAGGUGUUUCAUCUCUCAUGCCACGUUCCUGCAUUGCUCAGCUUUCCUGUAGGUGAAUGGGUGUGCACACUUUGUCGCAACAUGGAGAAGCCAGAGGUAGACUACGACUGCGAAAACACUCGUUUCAGCUACAGUAACACGCUCAUACCAGCAAGAGCACUUUAUGGCCUCGAUGACUAUGAACAGAAGAAGUGUGAGAAACUGGUACUUUCACUGUUCUGCAAUAACCUGAGUCUUCCAUUCCAUGAACCAGUCAGCCCCUUGGCUCGCCAUUAUUAUCAGAUCAUCAAAAGGCCCAUGGAUUUGUCCAUCAUCCGGAAAAAGCUGCAGAAAAAUGACAAAUUGCAUUAUUCCACCUCUGAGGAGCUGGUAGCUGAUGUGCGCCUCAUGUUCUGGAACUGUGCAACAUUCAACUAUCCUGAUUCAGAGGUUGCUGAGGCUGGACGAUGCCUGGAAAUAUUUUUUGAAAGCAAGCUUAAAGAAAUUUACCCAGAGAAGCAGUUCUCCUUGGUACAGCAAGAUGACUCUGAUUCAGAGGAGGUGGAGCAUGACAAUAGCCAAGUGGCUCCCAAAGGAUUCCAGUGGCCCUCCUACAGACAAGAGUGCAUCCAGCCCAAAAGAAGGCGGCGACAUGCUGAAAGUGAAAAAACCAAAAGACCAAUGUUUUGGCCAGCUAAAGGUCUUUCUCAGGUGUGACUUCUGGAGUGCUGCUUGGUAUGCUGUGAAGAACAAAAAAAUCUCAAAGUAACUGACUGUGUGAAAGGAGAUAGAAAAUGUCACUUAGAUGUUUCACCUGCACUUCGCACUAGUGGUCGAC